AUGAUGGUGAAUGAAGAAUCUGAAGAUGAACAACUUUACGAUGUUUUCCUCAAUUUUAAAGAAUCUGAUACCCGACGGGGCUUCACGGGUAAUCUGUUUAACGCUUUGCGCAACAAGAGAUUCAAAAUCUUCAUGGAUAACGACAGCCUCAAGAGUGGUAACCAAAUUCCAACCUCUAUUAUCAAAGUAUUGGAAAGGUCAAGGAUUGUAAUUGUUGUUUUGUCAGAAAAUUAUCCAUCUUCCACAUUUUGUCUUGAUGAACUUGUCAAGAUACUCGAGUGCAGACAAAGGAUAAACCUGCUGGUUUUACCAAUCUUUUAUGAUGUUGAUCCUUCCGAGGUGAAGCACCAGAAAGGUAUUUACGGCAAAAGCAUUGCUCUUCAUGAAAAUAGGCAUGGAAAGGAGAAGUUGGAAACAUGGAGGUCGGCUUUGUAUGAAGUCUCCUGCAUACGCGGAUUGCAUUUCAAAGACGGGUUUCUAGAAAAGUGCGAAUAUGAAAUAGUUCAAGAGGUUGUGGAAUGGGUUUCCAACAACACGACCCACUACGAUGUUUUUCUCAGUUCUAAGGAAGAAGAUACCCGCUACUCUUUCUGUGGUUAUCUCUACAAUGCUUUGAAUCAGGAAGGAUUCAAAAUCUUCAUGAACGAUAAUGGAUGUAAGGAGGAGGGGGCCCAAAGUUCACAUUCUCUUGUUACAACACUUGAAAAAUCAAGGCUUUCAAUCAUCAUUCUCUCGAAAAACUUUGCAUAUUCUUCCUCGUGUCUUGAUGAACUUGUCACCAUCCUUGCCUUCAUGAAGAACAACCAACUACUUGUUUGGCCUAUUUUUUACAAAGUUGAACCAACGGACAUUAGACAUCAGAAAAACAGUUAUGAAAAAGCUAUGAGUGAACAUGAAGAUAAAUAUGGAAAGGACUCAGAGAAGGUGAAAAUGUGGAGAUCAGCUUUAUUUGAAGUUGCAAACUUAAAAGGCUGGCACCUCAAAUACGGAUACGAAUAUGAGCUUAUCGAAAAAAUUGUGGAAACGGCCAUUAAAAUUUGA